AAUACUACGUCCUCAAAUCUAGGGGCUGGGCUUCUCGUUGCGCUAUAAACGCUUUUGUCGAGAACGCGCCUGAUCAUAGUGUCAAGGCCAACGAGAAAGCGAGCCACAGCCGGGUGACCUCAGCAAAAAUGAUCGUCGUAAUCGAAAAUAAGGAUCAAUUUGAUCAGGCCUUGAAGGACGCUGGUGACAAGCUGGUUGUGGUGGACUUCACCGCUACAUGGUGUGGGCCCUGUCAGAGUAUCGCUCCUCAGUUUAAAAAAUUCUCUGAGGAUGCGGAGAACACGAACGUCGUGUUCCUGAAGGUGGAUGUGGACGACGCUCAGGACGUUGCAACCUUCUGCGAUAUUAAGUGCAUGCCAACAUUCCACUUCUACAAAAAUGGGAAAAAGAUUGAUGAAUUCUCUGGUUGCAACCAAACAAAACUGGAGGAGAAGCUGAAUGGUCUUAAAUGAGUCUUCUCUUCGUCUUCAAUAGAAAUUCCAUCGUCUACGAUAAAUAUUAUGUUCACUUUGAACUUUGACAUUCCCGUUUGUUUUUGACGUUGUCCAUUGCAUGAUGAGCUCGCAUUAAACAUGAAAUCCUUUCUUUC